AUGUACUCUGGUUACUACACUUUCAAGGAUGUUCAGAAACUGAUGAGGGAUAGUGGAGGAGUUGACUUACAACCUACUAGUACUAACAGUGGGUGUUACAUCAAACCUGGUAGCGGCAAUUCUUUUUGUGUGACAACAUACCUAUCGAGACUUCUCGGGCUAACGAUGGACGACAGUGAGGUGGUUAUUGAUCCAGACACAACAUAUACUAGUAAAAAGAGGAUGAAUAUAAAUCUUGGGCUGGAGUACAUCAACAUAUCAUGUAACUUAGUUAAUGAGAGCUUUAACGUUCACACUGAGGGUACCAGAAGCGAUGUGGUGACCUCAUUAGCUGUGACAACAACUCAGUCUUUGUUCGGCUCGGUUACGGAGUACUUUGACAUUGAGAGCAAAGUGCCGGUUAACAAAGGUUCAUUCAAUCAGCUGAAGUUCUACGUGACAGACCAAGAUGGAAAACCAGUAGAAAUCGGUAAGAUCCUGCUUGAGUUAUACAUUGUGUAAUUCAUAUGGAAAAGGACGUAGAGUUGGAGCAAGAGCUGAGGAACAUCUACUAUAAUCCCAAAACAGGGUACCAAUCUGCUGAAAGACUUUACCAGAAAGCCUUAGCUGAAGGUUUGAGGGUGACCAGGAAGCAGGUGAAACUGUGGCUUAAAUCACAGGAUACAUACACCAGGUACAAACCAAUUGUUAGAAGACAUAAGUUCAGACAAACAUCAGUUGAGUAUCUAGGGGAGCAGAUACAGAUGGACUUAGUUGAUAUGAGUAAGUAUAGAAAUAAGAGCAAAGGGUAUAACUGGAUAUUAACUGCUGUUGAACUUUUGAGUAGGUACGCCUUCACAGUUCCAGUCCUUAGGAAAGACACAAACAAUAUGACAGCAGCAGUCACAGAGUUGCUAGGACAGUUUAAGGGUCGUUUUACUGUAUACCCUAAGUUAGCACAGUUUGAUGAUGGUAAGGAGUUCUAUAAUGUUGGUGUUAAGUCAUUGUUGGAGAAGGUCGGUGUUAGAUACUUUUCCACCUACUCAGAGAAGAAAGCAGCCGUUGUGGAAAGAUUUAACAGAACCCUGAAAACCUCAAUGUGGAAGUACUUUUACAGUAAGGGGACCUAUAACUGGGUUGAUGUUCUGCAGAGUCUAACUGAUAGUUAUAAUAACACGAAACACAGCUCUAUACUGAUGAAGCCAAACAAUGUCAGCGAGGACAAUCAGGGUGAAGUCUGGAUGACACUCUUCGGUCACAACUAUGGGGACCUACCAUUACCAAAGUUUAAAGUUGGUGACACUGUUAGAAUAUCCAGGUAUAAGUCGAUCUUCACAAAGGGAUACGAAGCAAACUUUACAGAAGAACUAUUCAGGGUGACUAAAGUCCUGCGUGGACACCCAAACGUUUACGAGGUAGAAGACUUGGAAGGCGAACCAAUAAUUGGUAAGUUAUAUGAGGAAGAGUUAUCAGAUGUUGAAAAGAAAGAUGAUGUGUACAGGAUUGAGAAGGUACUGAAAAGGAAGAAAGUGAGGGGAAAGAAAAUGGUUCUCAUCAAGUGGCUGGGUUAUGACAGUAAACACAACAGUUGGAUUCCUGAGAGUGAUCUUCAGAAUAUCGGGUAG